UUCUAUACCUAUAUGGGCAGUAACUUUUUCUCAGAACCGUCGUAUUCGUCAGUAGUCAGUCAUCACUCAGAAUUUUGAAGUUCACCAAAAGACCAAAACCAGCGUAUUUGCUGUAUUCUGUAUUCUGUAUAUUCUACAUAUUGGUAGUAUAUAGGCUAUCUAUUUAGGCAUUCAUUCGAUAUUUUCUCAUCUCUCUCGACUCACUGACUACAUAUUACUGUAAACUUGUAUACGAACUUUUUUUUCUCAACUAUGUGCGUUUAAAUAGUCAAAUUGUUUUUACACGUGAGUUUUUUCGGAGAUAAUUUUUUUAGUAAAUUUGUUGUUGAUGUGUUUAGUGUUGCGAGUGUCAGUGGCUGUGAUGUAAACGAUUCCUUACACAGUGGAGUGUAAUUUGAAUUUUCAAGUUAAUCAAGCAUAGGAAAACGCCAACGCAAAAUAUCAAACAUUGUGUUGAUAUAUCCGUUCGCGAUGGGAACGUGUGGUUGGUGCGAAAUACCAUUUUUUAUGCAGAGAAAAUGGUGUCUGGUGUAGAUCGCAUAUCGUCGUGUCAAUCGCAAUGCGAAUAAUAAUGCAUUCGAUGCAAAAUGGUUGAUACUGCCGUUAGUAGUAAUCGAUUCAUAGUACAAGUAUUCGUCGGAGCGUUAUCACCUUGCUAUGAAGCGUUAUCCGUGGAGGCGAGUAAACAAACCACAUCCGAGGAGAUCAUCUCCUGUAUCAUCGAACGAUUAGGAUUAUCUGGACCUGGCGGGUACGAGUUAGCCGAAGUCGUCGGAGAUGGAAUGGGACGUGAAUGUAAAGAACGUCGACUGGGGCCUCACGAGUCUCCGGUCGCUGUUAUGUUACUAUGGCCUCAGAUCACUGAUUCCCAACAAGAAGUUUAUAGGUUCUAUUUGCGAGAAAAACUAUCGGACAGUUUGUGGGCCGACGGAUUCACGAUGGAUCCUCAACUGAUCCGCGAUUACUUCUAUAGAUUCCUGUACCAGCCUCAAGAUCGCGAAUACCCAGAUCUUUGUCAACUGCCCGAUCUCAACGAGCAAACGUUACUCGAUAACCUGAGAGCUAGAUUUAACGCCGGACAUAUUUAUACCUACGUUGGAUCGAUAUUGAUCGCCGUUAAUCCGUUCAAAUUCCAUCCGAUUUAUAACCCGAAAUACGUGAAGUUAUAUCAAAAUCGUCGCCUAGGACCGGAACUGCCGCCGCAUAUUUUCGCCAUCGCAGAUUCAGCGUACCACUGCAUGCUUCGCGAACGUCGUAAUCAAUGUAUCGUUAUCAGCGGCGAAAGCGGAUCUGGUAAAACCGAAUCCACCAAUUUCCUGCUGCAUCAUUUGACAGCGCUGAGUCAAAAAGGAAGCCACGGUAGCGGCGUCGAGCAAACCAUCCUGAGCGCUGGCCCAGUUUUGGAGGCUUUUGGCAACGCGAAAACAGCUCAUAAUAAUAAUUCCAGCAGAUUUGGUAAAUUCAUCCAAGUGAAUUAUAAAGAAAAUGGAAUGGUGCACGGAGCCGUCGUCCAGAAAUAUUUAUUGGAAAAAUCUCGUAUUUGUUCGCAAGGCAAUAACGAACGAAAUUAUCACGUAUUUUACUACUUGCUGGCCGGCACUAAUGAAACGGAAAGGGAAUUACUGCAUUUACAAAGCGUUGAAAAAUACAAUUACUUGAACAGGACUGGAUGUUACGUGUUGGAUAAUGUAGACGAGAAGUACGAAUUUUCGAGGCUGAAACAAUCCAUGGAAAUGGUGGGAUUCACGCAAGAAAAACAACGCAGAUUGUUCGCCGUGUUAUCGGCUGUUUUAUUGUUAGGUAACGUGGAAUUCCAACCUCGCAAAUUAGCCUACCACCACGACGAAGCGGUCUCCGUUAAGAAUCCCGAAGUGGUUCAGUUAAUCUCCGAAUUACUACGAGUGAAGCAAGAAACGCUGAUGGCGGCGUUGACCGCGAAACGGGCCCGAGCCUCGGGCGAAACGCUCGUAAUUAAUUAUAAAUUUCCAGAGGCUAUCGCGGCUCGUGAUGCGAUUGCAAAGUGUCUGUACGGUGCACUAUUCGAUUGGAUCGUGUUGCAAGUGAACCACGCGUUGUUAUCGAAGAAAGAUACGUUCAAAGUGCAUCAGGGUAAUUCGAUCGGUGUCUUGGAUAUAUUCGGAUUCGAAGAUUUCGGUUUGAGUAAUAGUUUCGAACAAUUUUGUAUCAAUUACGCCAACGAACAUUUGCAAUAUUAUUUUAAUCAACACGUGUUCAAAUACGAACAAGAAGAGUAUCGCAAAGAAGGUAUCAGAUGGAGCGAUAUCGAAUUCUUAGAUAAUACCGGAUGCUUACAACUCAUCGAAGGUAAACCGAACGGAUUACUUUGUGUAUUGGAUGAUCAUUGCAACUUCCCUGGAGCCACCAGCGAAACAUUAUUACAAAAGUUCAAUUCGGUCCAUAAAGAAAAUCCAUUCUACGAAAUACCUCAAAAGAAAGAGAACGCUUUCAUCGUCCGGCACUACGCCGGUAAAGUGAAAUAUCAAGUUGGCGAAAUGCGCGAAAAGAAUUUAGAUCUGAUGCGUCAAGAUAUCGUGAGCGUGUUGAAAAACAGCAGCAUGGCUUUUGUACGCGAACUAGUCGGCGCUGAUCCGGUUGCGGUGUUUAGGUGGGCUAUUCUGAGAGCGUUUUUCCGAGCAUAUUUCGCAUUCAACGAAGCUGGCAUGAAACAUCGACAAUCCAGAGAUGGAAGUAAAGCGGGCACGAUACAGAAUCGUUAUCGUAAUCAUAGUCCGAAUGAUAAUUUGAUCAAAUUUAGUACGCAACGAUACAGCGUAGGAGGAGGACUCGAGACAUUGGCCAACGAUCGAUUACUCUGCCGUACCAGAAGCGAUAACCAAAAUCGCGAUCGUGAUCGUGAUCGCAUUCUCGCUACCAAUACGACCAUCACGACGCUGAAUUGCGACACCGACGCCGUAGAUGGGGUGGAAAAAGUCACCUCUAAACAAGGGUCUCGUAGUAGUGGAGGCAGCGCAGGUGCUGCGAAAUUGAACAAUACCAAUAAACAUACGGCUCUGCGUCGUACUUCUCAUUGCGUCGAAGAUGCAGCGUCCAAGACGAGCUCCUCGUCCGAGACGACAGUCAAUCAUCGUAGGAAACUGUACGUCGAUGAAGCCGACGUCUUCAAGAGAGCUACUCAAAUCGUCAUGAAAAACAAAUCAUUCCGACCUCGAGAUAAAGGUAAAAAAGGCUUGAAAAAUUUGCAAAGCGUUAAAACUCUGGCCGGUCGUACGCAAAGCUACAGCAAUACUUUGAGUGGUAAAGCUCGCAAACAACCUUUGACUGUUUCGGCGCAGUUCCAGUUAUCGUUACAUAGCCUGAUGGAAACCCUUAAUCAGGCUAAUCCGUUUUUCAUCAGAUGUAUCAAAAGUAACGGAGAAAAGAUACCAAAUCUCUUUGAUGAAGAUACUGUCCAAAGACAGCUCCGGUAUACCGGAAUGUUGGAAACUGUUCGUAUUAGACAAGCUGGAUACAACGUUCGGUUAUCGUAUGAAGAAUUUAUCCAUCUCUAUAGGAUAUUGCUGCCUAAAGGAUUAUUGAGUUCUCAAAGCGACGUUAGAGAUUUCUUGUUGACGUUGAACCUGAAUCGUGAUAAUUACCAAUUAGGAAGUACCAAGAUCUUUAUGAGAGAAUGUGAGAAACUCAAGCUCGAUUAUCGUCUCCAUCAACAAAUUAUGGCUAGCAUCGUCGUACUCCAGAGAUGGUUUAGGGUGCUAAUCGAAAGAAGACGGUUUUUAAGACUCAGAGAUGCUGUUACCACGUUACAGUCUUGGUGGAGAAUGGUCAGUGCACAGAAACUCGCUAACAAAAUGAGAAAUUGUAACGCCGCAGCCGCUUGUAUACAGUCGAUGUGGAGGACUCAUAAGACUUCUACGUGGUAUAGGAAACUUCGAACUGGCGUUGUUAAUUUCCAAGCUCAUGCUAGAGGAUAUUUGACCAGACGUAAGAUUAGAGAGCAACAAGAACAAAUGGGUAAAGUAGCUAAAAGUAAAGGUAGUAUUACGGCGAAGGAUUCAGUAUUAUCGAAAGAAUCCAGUCAGGAAGAUUUUGAAUUACCUACCGAUACCGAAUCUCCGCCGGAAAGCGAAUCCGGAUCUUUCGAACGUGAUUUCGCUGAAGAAAUGGCAUUACUGCAUAUCGGUGAUCCCAAUAAAACGAUACUGAAUCGCGAACUAAAGAAGAAAUUGUCAUACACGUGUAUGAAAAAUAAGACUGAAAAAUACUACUGCGAAGAAUUCUCCGUUGAUAAAUACGACCGUAAAGGUAGCAGUGAUUCAUUAUCGUCGCAGAAGAAUGGCGAUUCUCAUUCCGUAGUUCCUGUUAAAGAAACUCUUCAUAAAGCUAAGAAACACCUUCAAUCGAUUAUGGGCGUUUCGAAAAAAUCUGAAACCACAUCGAACGCUCACAGCGAUAGCGAAGUAGACGAUUUCAGCAUAACAGCGUGGAACAAGCAGAGCGAAUUCCCAGGUCCUCGUAAACCUCUACCGGCCAGAUCCGCUCAUCUGUCCAGCGAACCGACCGCUCCGGCUAGAUACGCUAGACGGCGCGACCUGCAUAGCAAAAGCGUUACCGACGAUACCAAAAAGAACGAGAAUAACGAAAGAUUCUCGCAAGCUAAUUCCUAUAAUUCCAUUAUCGACGCUUCGGCCGCGUCGUCUAGAAAUAAUAACACUCAUAGUAAACAAAUGGUCGACUUGAAAAGACGAAACAGCGAUCCGGCUACACAAGUCGGAGACGUCCGAGAAGAUCUCAGAUCACGUACCGAAACCGUACCAGUCACUCAGCGCAAAUCACCGGUCACUCAUUCGCCAUCCUUCGAGCUACUCACCUGGAAAGGCACGACUAUGUUUACCAUCGCCGGACACAGAUUCCGUAAAAUUAGCCGAUUCUCGAAGGAAGAUCGAUGCAUGUAUUGUUCCAAACCGAUGGAUGCGUUUGUAACCCAAGGACAUAAAUGCUCCGAUUGUAAACGAUUGUUUCACACUAAAUGCAUCCAAAAUGGCGGCGUACUCCAGCUACCAUGUAUUCAGCAACACGUCUCGGGUGAUGGGAGCGGGCGUCGUAAACGUCGAAAACACAACAGAACCUCGUACGAUAAAUCUCAAGUACCCAGUACCUCAUCUGCGGCUGCGCCUGUCACCAGUGGAGUGCCGAUUACUUCACGAGAUCAUCAUAGUAAAUUCAGUUUAACUGGUACUUCGGAGUUCACCGACAGCACCGAUAAAAUCAUCUCGGACGCUAAAGAACUACAACUUAUGCAGGAUUUCAUUAAUAAAAAGAUUUAUAAAAUGGAAAGCGAAGAAGGUACGAAGCCUUCGCAAGUCGAUCGUAUAUUUAAACAAGCUCUUCGAGAGUUCAAAGAUAAUCUAGUCGCUACCUAUAGUGUUGUUAAUAAACAAGGCGUCGAAGUCUUGAAUAUAAAAUAUAAAGAUUUAAUAGCUAAUUUCCUACACGUCAUCGAAACGGUUUGUCUGCACGAAGAAACAUGCAAAGAUUUUCCGGUAACGUUGUGCGUGAACGCUUUUCGCGGCUUUAUGAACGAAUUCAUGACGAUGACGCGUCUAGAAGCGGAGAAACCUAGUAAAGCUAAACGUAAAAAGAAGAAAAAGCAUAAAGGAGACGAGUACUUGUCGCACGUCGGUCAUCUGUUCCAGCUUAAUAUUAUAAAUAUACCGACCGCUUGCGAAGUUUGCUCGUCUUUCUUCUUAUGGCCCAUCGAAAAGGGUUUAGUGUGUAGAAAUUGCAAAUUAACGUGUCAUAAAAAAUGUUACCCCAAAGUUACCGUAGAAUGUGGUAAAGAGGUUUCCACCACCGAUGGCUCUUCGAACGCACUAACGUCGGCUACAGGCGCAGCCAGCAAUAAUGUAUUCGGAGUACCUUUGCAUUUACUGGCCACCAGUAACGGUAAAGUGCCCUUGGUAGUCGAAAGACUCAUUACCACCAUAGAAAUGUACGGAUUGUACACCGAAGGAAUUUAUCGCAAGUCGGGAUUGACAUCCAAAGUACGUGAAUUGAAAAAUUUAAUAGAACAAAGUAACAUCGAUAAUGUCAGAUUCGAAGAAUAUCAGGUUCACGUAUUAUCCAGUGUUCUAAAAACGUUCCUAAGAGAGAUGCCGGAACCUUUGUUGACGUUCGAGUGCUACGACGAUUUCAUCAGAGCUGCUUCUCUGACCGAAGAUCGCGUCUCAACCCUAUUCACGAUACUAAAGAAAUUACCAAAACCCAAUUAUGAUCUCAUGGAAAGACUUAUAUUUCAUUUAGCUAGAGUCGCAGUACACGAAGACGUCAAUCGUAUGAACGCCGCCUCGUUAGCCAUCAUAUUCGCGCCUUGUAUAUUAAAAACGAAUAAAAUAGUACCAGCUCAGAAUUCGUUGAACGAUAUCGAACAUCAGACGUUAUGCAUUAAAUUAAUCAUUAACGAACAAGUGGAUAAAUUGAAGGCUACGUUGGCCGACAUCGACACGUUAGAUAACGCCUGUCAUACGGCCACCGAUCGACUUUCGUCUAUACGCACGUCUAAGCAGGUAUAUAGUCCUACCGAAGAUCCACCCGAGAAGAUUUACGAAGAGGAGCAACGAUUGGUCGGACAAAUACAAGAGAUCAAAAAAGAAAAAGAAAUUUUAACAACGAAUUUACCCAGCUUGAGACGUACCAAUUCGGAUGACGAUUUGCUAUCGACCGAUGACGGAAGCCUUGAUGAUAUGGAUACGAAUUCUCAACCAAGUUCAAAUGUCGGAAUGAUAGUACCGCAUAAAAGAAAACAUCAAAGUAGCUCGAGUUGUAAAAGGGUCGCAAAUGUGAAUUUACCGGAUAGCGACGAAGACCCUAUCAUGGUGUAAUUGUUCCUUUCGUUGAAUUCCAUAUUUUUGUUUUUUUGUUUUUACUAAGAAAUGAUUUACCGUGUACCUGUCAAAACACAAUAAUUCAUCGUACUCGUCGUUAUAUUACUAUAAAUAUAUAAUUUUUCUAUUUUAUUUUACGAUUGUAUGUACCUAUAUGUGUGUGUGUGUGUGUGUUUUCCUUUUUUUUUUUUUUGUAACGAUUACGAACAGAUACAUACGUUGUAAGUGGAGAUGGCGUCAAAAGACGCUAGCUUAUUUGUGUACUUUCAAUGGUAAUUUUUUUUUGGCGUCAAUGAUUUUGUUGUUGUUGUUGUUGUUUUCCAAGUAUCUAUCCCUUGUUAUUGUCGUCAUCAUUUAUUUAUUCUCCUUUUUUUUUUUUUUUAUUAUUAUUAUUUUACAAAGGUUUCCUCUCUUUUUUUCAAUUUUUUUUUCUUCGGUAAUUGUUUUAUUUAUUCAUUUUUCAUUUUAUUUCGCGAACAAAGUAAUUUAUUUUAUCUACUUAAGAGGGUUUUAAGCGAGAUUGAAUUCAUGACUCGAGGUUAGGAUAGCUGAAGCUGAUGUUCUCCGUGCUGGAGUGAAUUUUGGGUCAGAUCGUAUUACGUCGCUAAAAUAUGGAAAAAAAACUCUAAAAAGGCUGUGCUGUGAAACCGUUCGUCGUUGUUUGUUGAUGUGUAAUUUUGUUGACGUUUGAGGGGGGUAGGGGGUAUGAAUUUGUAAAUACCGAGGUGGGUCUGUCGUUGAGGCUGUGUGAGUAUACGUAUACGUAUAAAAAUGCCACAUAUUAGUGUACCUAUUUAAUAUACUAUUAUACCAAAUAGAAUAGAGAAUUACCUACGUAUAAUAGCUAAAAAUGGCCGAAAAUUACGCAUGAUUUUUUUAUGUAAGUAUUCUAAUUCGAAGAGUAAUUUGGGCCCAUCGUUUACUUCCAUUUUCUUCGAACGAAAGACUGAUUUAUUAUGUAUUUGGGCGAUUUACCGACGUAAUGCGAAGACCAAAAGUUGACCUGGAUGAUGGCGAAUAUCACGUGGUUUUUUUUUCUGUUGACGUGUUCUGAUCGUCGUCGUUGGUUUUGUAAAAUUUUUAAUGGCUUCCUAUAAAUUUUUAGGACGGAUUGUCGGCUGGUUUGAGCCGGUUUUGUACCUAAGGGGAGAGCAGGCCUGGAAUUGAAGAGAUGAAAAAUUAUUCGUGAUCAUUUUCUGUCCCCCCUGCCUGUUUUUUCAUCAUCGAAAAAUUCAUUUCAAACUGAGAUAUUUCGAUUAAAGUCCAAGGAGAGAAAAGUAUGGGGAGGGGAGGGGGUGAAAAAGCCUUGGUUUUUCAGAAUGAAAUUUCUGAAAAUUGAUGCUAUUUUGAAAAGGUUUUGAUAGUUAUUCAAAAUUUUGAGAUAAUUGAAUUAUUGAAUUGAGUUGUGAAGGGUAGGGAGUUCAUGUUGAAGGUAUCAAAUUUGGGUACAGUGUAAAUUAUUUUUAAAAUUCCAAAAUUUUAGACAGUGGAACCAGUAGAGAGGGAGAGGGUGUCUCAUGUAGCAAAAAUCGGACCUACUUUCUCAUAUUUUUUUCUAAAAUGCAGCCUUUAUACUUACUUUAUCAGUGACCACAUCGCAUUUUUCCUUCAAAUGAUAUUUUUUGGGGUCCAACAGAUGAAAAAUUAGGUGUUUUUUUGUUGAAAAAUUCACAGAUUUUCAGAAGUUCAUUUUUGAAGAUGACUUGAAUUUUUAAAUUUUGAUCGUUUGUCAGAAUUUAUGAAGAAUUGAAGAUUGAAGGUGAGAUUGGAGGGAUCUCAUUUGAGAAGAAGUGGAAAUUGAGACUUUUUUGAAAUUUGCACCUCUUCCCCCCCCCAUUCACACCUCUUUCCAUGAACCUCUCAAAUUUCUUCUUUAAAAAUGAAUUAUGAGCGGUAGAAAUUGUUUGUUGAAGAUUGACUUGUUGAAGUUUCAAAAUUUGAGCUUUCACCAAAAUUUGUGUCUAUUGAUGGGAAUAAAAAGAGAUGUCACCUAAAAAGAAUCCAAAAUUUGGGCCGAGUACUUCAAAAAAUUACGAAUUAGGUGUCUUCGAUAUUUUUUCCAAAUUUUCAGUUUUUUUUUACCAAUUUUUCAAACUUUUCUUAAAAUUGAAUUUUUUGAGUUAAAUGGGUCAAAACUAGAGAAAGGUGAGGGAGUGGCAAAAAUCCACAGUCCUAUAGUUUUUACAAAUUUGUGGUUGAAGAUUGACUUGAAGUUCCAAAAUUUAUGUCUUUUGAUGGUAGGAGGAAGAGGUCUCAGCGAGAAAGAACCGAAAAUUCGGGCUGACCACUUCUAAAAAUUAUAAAUUGCAUGUCUUCGAUAUUUUUUCCAAAUUUUUAGCUUUUCUAUCCACUUUAUCAAUUGACCUCUUCACAUUUUCUUCUUGAAAUUAGAUGUUUUUGGAUUCAAUGUAUCCAAAAAUUGAGAAAGGUGAGCUGGGCUGGCAAAAAUUCUACAUUUUUCUGGAAGUUUAUCAUUUAAAAAUUGACGUUAAUAUUCAAAUUUUGAACUUGCACCAAAAUUUCCGAUGAUUGAGGGGGAAGGGAAGGGGGGGUUUCAUCUGAAAAUAUGCGGUAAUUUGACUGGCUGCUUGCAAAAUAUCUUAAAUUAUGUCUUCCAGUAUUUUUUUUUCAAAUUUUCAGUUUUUUUACCCCCCCCCCCACCUCUUCCGACCACAAAUUUCUCUUUUCAAACCAAGAUUUUUUAGAGACUCGAUGCAUCAAAAUCAAGAAAAACGAGGCGAAGUUUUCAGAAAUUGUUUGCCAAAGAUCGACUCGAUUUUUCAAAAUUUUAGCUUUAACCAGAAUUUUUGAUACUUGAUGGAAGGGGGCAUGGAUCAGGAAAUUUGGACUGACUUCAAAAAAUUACAAAUCUCGUACCUAUUCCUUGAUAUAUUUUUUUUUUCAAAUUUUCAGUCGUUUCGCACAUUUUAUUCCUUACUGCUCAAAUUUCUCGCUUGAAAGUCAAUUUUUUGGGCUCAAUGGCUCGAAAAAAGUGUACGAGGGGGGCGAAAAAUCCAAUUUUUUUUACAUUUAUUGUUACAAAUUGAUUUGAAUUUUGAAUUUUUGAUGAAGUAAGGGGAAGGGGGAGGGCCUCAUCUGAGUUUUUUUCAACCCUACUCAAAUAAUGUUACUCGGUAUUUUUUCUAUUUUUUAACCUUCUCACCUUCUUCCCUCGAAUUUCUUACAUUUCUCUUUUUAAAUGAGAAUUUUUUCAGUCUUGAAGGGUCAAAAAUCAAGCAAAUUGAGCUGUAAAUGUCAAAAAAUCCUCAUGUUUUGAAAUUUUAUGGUCGAAGAUUUACUCAAAUUUUCCUAAGUUUGACUUUUACUAAGGAUUUUUGUGUAUUGAGGGAGGGGGAGAGAAGAGGUCUUAAUAAAUUAGAAAGAAGAGAAAUGUACUUCAUCAUUUUAAAAUUACAAGUUUUUCAAUUAUUUCAUCAAAUUUUCAGCCCUUUUACCCCGUUUAUUCGUUAAAAUCUUCGAAUUUCUUUCAAUAAAUUGGAGGGGGGGGGGCUCAGUUGGUCAAAAAUUGAAAAAAGUGAGGCUCAGGUGACAAAAAUUCAUAUUUUUCGAGGAUGUGUUGUUAAAAAUUGACUUAAGCUCUGAAGUUUUGAACUUUCAGUGACCGAAAAUCUUGACUGGAAUAUUUCAAAACAUUGCAAAAAAUUGAUCACUGAUCAAGUAUUCCUUUUUCUCGAAGUUUCAACUCCUGCCCUCUCUUCCUCCUUCUCUCCUCCCCCUCUGAACUGUUUAAAAUGUCGUCACCAAUUUUGGGAUUUCAAAUCGCCCGGAAUCGUAUUCAAUAAUAACAAUUUGGGUUUGUUUGAGCGAAAAUUUCACCCAAAUGUGGGUACCGAGUGAACCAAAAUUCGAAAAUUGAAAAUUAGGAACACCUACCCCUCCCCCUCACCCCCAUCAAAGUGUAAAUUUCGAAAUGGCUUGGCUGAGUCUGUGUGGUAAUUUAAGAAAAAAAAAAAUCAAGAUCGUGUGAUUGAAGUCGUGGGAUGUUUUGAGACCUUUUUAUCUCCAAAUUUUGCCCAUUUUUACUCUCAAAAAAAUCGAUUAAAAACGAAAAUUGCAGAAUUUUCUAUGUUUAAUGUCCUUUUACCGCCAAAGAGCGAUGAUGGUCAAAUGUGAGUCUAUUCUGGCCCAUUCUUGUGUCAAGUGUAAGAGGAGGGACUUUUAAUCAAAAUUCUUUCAAGCUCUAAAGUUUGGUGGGAAAAUAUUCAUCCAGAGAGUCGACGAGUAAAAACAAAUUGGUCUAUUUUGAAGCCCACUUUUAUAGAACCUCAUUUUAUUUUUCGAAUAAAAUGACUUCGAAAGUAUACUCGAGGGCUUAGAAAUACUAAUUUUGGCAUCUAGCUCGAUAAUUUUGAAAUUUUGGACCACUCCCCUCCACCCUCAGGAUUCAUUUUGAAUUUCGAAACAGAAUUGUUCUCAAAACUUGUUCUUUUUUUCAUUUUUUAGAAACUGAUUUGAUCAAAGUAUGUGUUUUUCAAUUUGAAUAAAUAACUCAACUUUCGAUUAAUUAUUUAUGAAAUUUUUGUCAAAAAAAAUUAAAAUUCUGCAGUUGUAGAAAAAUUUUGAAAAAAAAAAUUGAAUACUUAGAAUUUGUAAUAAAUAAAUUUCUAUUUUCUUCAAUAUCGAUCAUUUCAUCUCAUCAACCGAUUCUCCAAUCACUUUUCAUCUUCCAGGCCCCCCUUCUUUUGUACUCACUGAGCCCAAAACCUCACAAUCCGUACCUUUUAUACUUCCUAUACCUACCUAUAUUUUUUGUUUUUCGUUCGAUUUUAACUGAAACUACCUAUUAUACUUGUAUUAUUUUGUACGAUAACUUCUAAGUGUACCUAUAGAAUAAUAAUUUUAUUUUAAAAAUUUUCGAUCGAUGUACGGUUUUUAUUUUCCUUUUUCAUUUCCUUUCGUUUCAUUUUGUUUUAAUUUUCAACGAAAACAGUCAAUUAUCAAGUUUAAGUGAUAAGUUUUGUAUACAGUACCAUUAUUUUCGUUUUAUUAUUGUUUGUUUUUGUUUUUAUAUUUUUUUCCCUUGUGUGUGUUUGAAAAGAGAACUGAACGAAUACUCGACAACGAUCGCUAUAUAAGUACACUUGUUUUUUGACCACACUAUUACCAUAUAACCAUACCAUACCAUACACCGCAAAGAAUCACAUCGUGCAUCGCAGACUUGUCAGUGAAUAAAACUACUCGGUACAACGAAAAUUACAACGAUAGUACUACAGUAUCUAACAUAUUCAUUACCAUAUUAUCAUCUUGGCUAUAGUAUGUUGUGUAAAAAUAUUUAUGUAUGACGUAUGUAAAGUACCUACAUAUGUAGUAAUUCAAACGAUGGAAAAGUUGUUGCCAAGGGGGCGGAGGCGCGUUCUUCGGUUUAAACCGCGAAUGAAACUUGUCAAUGAAAUCUUGGUCCUGAAAUUUUUUCCCCAGCUUUGUCAUGAACGAACGAUGAUGACUAACAACGUCAUGGCCAAUGAAGCUUAUUCCAGUUUACCAAGGUUGAGUAAUCCACAGGUCGACAGACUCUCGUAACGUAUACGUAAUUCAGCAAUGUGCUCGCACAGACUUGGAAAUUAUCAAUCGAAAUAUGGACAGGAGGGGGGCCAGAGACUAUCCCAAGUUUGACUAUAACGGUGGCAGGAUUGAGAAAAAAAAUCUCGAACGUUACCUAUAUUAUUUUUUUUUCUUUCGUUUUUCGUUGUAAAAAGUACAUAAUUAUUAUUUUUUCCUCGUUGAUUAAAAAUCCGAAUUAUCGAGUUAACCAGCUGAUGUUGUUUUUUUUUCGCACAAUUUUAUUCGUUUAAAAAUACGUAAUUAUUUAUUUGAAAAAAUUCAAAGUUUGGUGCGUACGAAUUUUUCUUCCUUUUUUUGGGCGGGGGAGGGAGAGGGAGGGGGGUUUAUUUUAAUACUAUACGUCGCUUGAACGUGUUUUUCUUCUUUUUUUUGUUUUCGUAUUUGUUAUAUUUGUAUCUAUAUGUUUAUGGUAGGCUUAUUAUAAUAAACGCGUUGUAUGAUAAUAAUUUUUUUAUGUUUUUUUUUUUUCUAUCGUUAUAUUUCAAUUUACGCGACUGCUAUCAAAGUUUAUCCUCAGUUCGUUGACAUAUUGUACUAUGUGUGUGUUUUUAUCGUUAUUACUAUAAUAUACUAUUUUACCAAGUUUCUAUCGAAUGCGAUUUUUUUUUUCUUUUUUCUUUUAAGUAUUAAUAAUUGUUUAUUUUUUUUUUCGCCUGAUGCCUGUUUGCGUGUGAAAAUAUUUUUUAUCCUUGUUUUUGCGUUUAAAAUGUGUGUCUUCCUGUAAUCUGUUGUACCAUUUUGCUGUCGUAUUGGUAUAUUUUAUUGAGUUUUAUUGCAAAGUAUUGUAAAUAUAUAUCAAAUAUUUGUAUAACAAUAAAUUUUGUUAUUAGAAAUUCG